AUGGCUCUUGAUUGUCAUUCAAAAUUUAGAAAAUUUCAGGACUUAGAAAGCACUAAAUUUCAUCCAGGACAGUCAAUGUCAGGAACUUACAGUACGUCAUCUUCUAAUCAGAGUCCAAAGCAACAAAUUUCACCUCAAAACAAAAAUACAAGGUUCAUCAGGCGAUAUAAUAUGCUGAUGAAUAGAUUCGCAUCUAAAGCACUUUAUAAGCCUAUAGAAAACGCUAGUUCUGCUCAAAAACUUAAUGACAAAAUAGAAAAAGUUAGCAUAGAUUUUCCAAGCUAUAUUAUUGAUACCGUUGAUAAUACUGUUUUACCACAUUUUGGCGAUAUAAGUUCAAUUAAAAUAGAAGAAUCUCGAGUGGACUCUAUAAAUGACGGAUUAUUUUUCAAUGAAAAUGAAAUCGACUCAUGCUUACAGCCAUGACACUUAGCUGAGCAAGCUGGCAAUGUCCUUCAGAAGAGAGAUAUUGACGAGUUUGUUAAAAGCUCAAUGAAGUACGGAGAAAAAGUAGCCAAAAUAUUAGUAAGCACUGGAGUCGUUCCUCUUACUCCUCCCCUCCAUGACGAAUAAAACCAUUGGGAAAAAUCUCUAUUUUUGCCCAAAAACCUGUCCUCUGCGAGCGAACAAAAAUGUUUAAUAAAAAGAUUUUUGAUAUAUAACUGAUAAUUAUUAUAACGAAAUCUCUAGCUAAUUCUGUUUAAUUUUUAAUAAAUUGAUUUUUAAAACAUAAAAUUUACAAAUUAAAUAAAUAUUUAGUUUCCAAUUUUUUCGAUUGGAAUUUUUUUAAAUUUCGAAAAAAAAAAAAUUUACUAGAAAAUUGAUUUAAAAAAAUUUAACCGCCCUUCAUGAGUGAAGGGGGGAGCUAGUAAACUUAAGCAUAAUCCCCAAAGUCCUACAAUUAAAACUGAAAGAACUUCAAAAUUCAGGCCAAUAUCUGAAGGACAAAUUGACUUUUUGAAAUACAGAUCUCAGACAGCAAGAACCACUGUCAAGCAUAAGAGCGAAGUACCAUUUAGCAAUGUAAAGCAUAUUACGGUCCGCCUAUCACCAGCAACAUCUUCAGUUGAGUUACUUCAACAGAUAAAAAGCAAGUCAUAUAAAGAUUUGUUGGUAAAUAAAAGGCGAUAA